CGGGAUAGAGUGCGAGGCUGGACAACUAGAUUGUUUCCGUGACACAAAUCAAACGCGCAGUAGAAAUCAACAAGUGAUCACCAUGUCGAGCGAAGGAACCAAGACUUUCACGCGGGCCGAGGUCGCCAAGCACAACACAAACAAGGACACCUGGCUACUCAUCCACAACAGCAUCUACGAUGUCACCGCCUUUCUGAACGAGCAUCCCGGUGGCGAAGAGGUGCUCAUCGAGCAGGCCGGCAAGGAUGCCACAGAGAAUUUCGAGGACGUUGGCCACAGCAAUGAUGCCCGCGACAUGAUGAAGAAGUACAAAAUCGGCGAGUUGGUUGAGAGCGAGAGGACCAGCGUGGCUCAAAAGUCGGAGCCCACCUGGAGCACGGACCAGCAGACCGAGGAGAGCUCCGUGAAGUCGUGGCUGGUGCCCCUUGUGCUGUGCCUAGUAGCCACGCUUUUCUACAAGUUUUUCUUUGGCGGUGCCAAGCAGUAGUAUACCCAUAAUGCCCAGUAGAGACUUUUUAAACCGCUCCGGAGUCACUUAGUUAAUCUACGGAAGCUCAAAAGUCACAAGUGGAGCAGGACAGUGGAGCGGAAGCGAUUUUUAUAGUAAAUUUGUGCUAAGUUUUAAUGUUAAUUUUGGCAUUUGGCAUUUUUGUACACUCCUCUACACAUGUAAUUCCUUCAGACGGCGGGUCUAGACUCUAAAGUUAUGUUUCCCAUUGAUAUUCCAACAUUUGAGGCACGAAACGAAAACAGAACGUUUUAAUUCACAUGUAUGUACAUUAAACAUAUUUCCAAAACAAAAGAAA